AUGGUUUUAACAAUCAUAUUUGGUAUUAUAGCUGCUGUAUGUCUUGUUUCGUCGUUAAUCUUUUAUGUAUUUAUGCGCCCACAAAACAAUCUUAAUUCAUCAAACAAUGAAAAACAACAAAUUAUACAUUCAUUAAGACCAUCAAUAGAUAUAAUAAUAAAAAAAUUAGAUGAAGAAUUACCAUUUCGUUUAAGUACAUCGAGUAAUAAAACAAAUCGAUCAUCAACACCAGUCGAUCAUUAUGAAACAAAUGAAUUAAUUCAUAAAAAACAACAUCGAUCAGCUGGAUCAAUUUUUCCACCAAUAACACAAACACGUUCACCUAGUUUAGCUACAGGAUUAUUUCCAACACAUCGACCACGUAGUAUACAUAGACGACAAGGUUCAAUUGUUGAUCCAAAUCAAUUAGCAUUGAUUCAAUUUACUCUUCCACCAACUAAUAAUAAUAAUAAAUAUCGACGUCGAUCUGUAGCGAUAUGUAAUAGUAUAAAUGAAACAAAAGAAAAUUCAAUAACAAUAAGAGAUCCAACAUUACCAUGUCUUCUUUCAUUUUCAAUAACAUAUUUAACAAAUUCACAACUUAAAGUUCAAUUUAAUUCUUUACAAUCAUUACCAUCAACUAUUCAUCUUCAACAAUUAACUAUUAAAGUUAAAUUAACACCAGAUGGAAAAGAAAAAUCGUUGUGUAUUAAGAAAAUGAUAAUGAAUGAAGCAACAUUUGGAGAUGAAAAUUUUAUUUUAUUUUCAAAUAUACAAUUUGAAAAACAUAAUGAUAGAAUUUUAUUAAUGACAGUUAAUGGAAAAGAUCUACAUAAAAAAACAAUACAUCUUGGUCAAAUUGGAAAAAUUCAUUUUAAUCAAAUAAAUAAAUUUGAGAAAGAAAAUCGAAUUGAUUUCAUACAUGAAGUUGAAAAAAUGAAGCCAUCAUCAGUUGAACUUCUUAUUGCUCUUCGAAAAAAAGAUGAUCAACAUAUACAUGUAGAUUUAUCACGUAUAAAAGGAUUAAAAAUCGAUCAAAAAAAACUCGAUGCAAAAUGUUAUGUAAAAAUUCUUCUUCUUGAUCGUCAUCGAAUAUUAUCAACAAAAAUAACAAAAUUUUAUUCAUUAAAUUCAUCGAAUUUUAAUAUUGGAGAACAAUUUGAUUUCAAUAUUUUAACAUUCGAUUCAAAUAAUCUUGAUCGUUUAAUGUUUAUGUUUAGUUUAUAUUCAAAUUCAAAUCCUGCAAAUGAAUAUAAAUGUAUAGCUCGUGUUAAACUUGCUUCAGCAUUAUUCUGCUCUGGUAGCGGUACUAUUCAUUGGCAACAAUUUAAAUUACGAGAAUCAUUUUCAAUGUGGCAUACAUUAAACAAAGAACAACAUUAA